CUGUGCUUAGGUGCUUGCUGAGCUGUGUCGUUGUGAGCUACAGUGAGCUACCUACCUAUCGUAGAUGAAAUAAUUUAGGAACAUAAUAUAAGUAAAAUAUAAUUUUCAAAUAGCAUAAUAUUUCAUUGAUGGGCUGGUUUGAUGUCUGCAUCCAAUAAUUUCAAAUUUCUGUGUCUUUGAUUAGUCAAAAUAUAUUUGUAACAUGGUAAUUUCCAAGUUGUAAUUACAUCUAUCAACAUGACAUUGAGAAGAUUAUAAUGAGGUAUCAUUCCAAUGGUCACAUGACAUUCAAUGAUUAUUUUAUGAUGUACUUGGCCAAAUGGAAGCGAGUCUCUGUACUGUUAUUGGUCAUAUGGAUUGGAGUCACAUACUUUGUGAUAUCACCACUCAGAUGCAAUGGGAACUCAGAUGAGGCGCUGGAGUAUCAAGACAAGUUGAGGAGGGUCACUUCUCAGUUGGAGACACUCAGGCAAAAACACAGCAAUCUUAUAUCACAGAUAAGAAAGUCUUCAGGUUUGAAUGGAAACCUGAAAGACUUAGACCCAUUAUUCUUAGAAGGGGGUCAUGGACCAACAGAAGAGUAUGAAAACCUCAGAAGAAGGAUCUACUCUAACACAAAGGAGUUUUGGUAUUACGUGAACCACGAGUUAAGCAAAGUUAUGAAAGAGGACAACAAAGUUGAAUCUAUUCAGGCAAUAUUGGAUGAAGUCGCUCAGAGAAAGAACUCCCUAUUAUCCGACCAAGAGAAACUGCCCGAGCUGGACGGUUACCAGGAGUGGCGGUUGGCGGAAGCGGCAAAUGUCAGCGAUCUCAUACAGAGGAGGUUAUAUUAUUUGCAAAACCCACCCGACUGCAGGGAGGCGAAGAAAGUCAUCUGUAACUUGAAUAAGGGUUGUGGAUUCGGCUGUCAGCUCCAUCACAUAGUCUACUGCUUGAUAUUCGCGUACGCGACAGAAAGGACCUUAAUAUUAAACUCAAAAGGUUGGAGAUACAACAACCACGGAUGGGAUUACGUGUUCUAUCCAAUAUCAGACAGCUGUACUACCGCGUACAACGACAAAGUGAUGCAGUGGCCAGUAUCGUACGACGCCAAAGUAAUAUCAUUGCCAUUCAUAGACUCGUUAACACAAAAACCAAAGUUCUUGCCACUGGCGGUGCCAAAGGACUUAGCUCAUAGGAUAGUUCGUUUCAACGGUGACCCAUCUUCGUGGUGGAUCGGCCAGAUGCUCAAGUAUAUAUUAAAGCCUCGAGCUGAACUGCAAAAGGCGAUCAACGAAACGAUCGCUAAGAUGAACUUCAAAACGCCUAUUGUCGGCGUACACAUCCGGCGCACGGACAAAGUAGGCACGGAAGCGGCAUUCCACCACAUACACGAGUACAUGACGCACGUGCGGCACUACUACGAGCAGCUGGAGCUCACGCGGCUGGUGGACGCCAGGCGCGUCUACCUCGCCACGGACGACGCUAAUGUCCUAGAUGACGCCCGCAAGAAGUACCCGGACUACGUUUUCCUCGGCGACCCGUCCAUAGCCAGGACUGCGGCCACGCAUCGCCGGUACACGCCUCUCUCUCUCACGGGGCUCCUAGUGGACCUCCACAUGCUUUCCAUGUGUGACUAUCUCGUGUGCACAUUCAGUAGCCAGGUGGGGCGUGUGGCCUACGAGAUGAUGCAGACAAACAGACUGGACGCGUCCAACAGUUUCUAUUCACUGGACGACAUCUACUAUUUCGGCGGACAAAAUGCGCACGAUCGCAUCGCGGUCAUGCCAAAUAAGGGCGGGAACCAUGAUAUAUCAUUAGAGGUAAACGAUCUUAUAGGCAUCGCGGGCAACCAUUGGAAUGGUUACGGCCGCGGCACGAACAAGAGGAGUAAUGUGAACGGCCUCGUCCCUUGGUACAAGACUGCGGAUCACCUGGUAUUAUAUCCGUUUCCGGAAUACAAGCAAGUGCCACUUUAUUCCGACACCAGGCAAAAAGAGUUAUAAUCCAACCCCAACAUUGUACACUCAAAUUACAAUAUGACAUAAAGAAGUUUUACUCGAUUAUUGAAGAGGUUAAAACGGGCGGCAUAAUGACCUACUUAUAGUACUAUGAUUUCUUGUCUUGUGGCCCACAAAUAACCGAUUAAGGGAUUCAUGCAUUAUCAUGUUAGUAUUCCGAAUCGUCAUCGUUAUCUGACCCAUAUCGAUUUAGCAUCUUAUUGAUAUCAGAUUUUUUGUGAUAUAAAUCAUCUUACAAUGUUAUGCCAAGUCGUUCCAUUUCAGGUUAAAAAUGUAUUUGAUAAUUGGUUCAGAGUACCGACGUCAUAUACUUUUAUUACAUUUACCAAAUAAUUGACCAAAUAGGGUUCAAAUGCCGCCAUUAAUCUCUUUUGAAUCGAGUUGUACAACGCUAUCAUAACUGCCAAAAUCUUUGAAAAAUUUGACCACAAUUUGUUGAUUUAUAUUAACGUAUAAUACCGAAAUGCGUAACUCUAAUUAUGUUUUGUCACAAUUCCACCAAUUUUAAUUAUUUUUCGUUUUAUAAUUUGAUGUUUAUAGUAUUGUCAGUUAGAUUAAUUGUAAAAUUUCAAACUUCAGUGAUUUCAUUCGUUUCCUUUUUUACAAAAAGAUAAGGCAUUAGUUGUUUAUUAGCUAAUAUAAUUUUAUUUAACUUUACGUUAAUAGAUGAAUGUAUUUUUCGUAUAACUUGUGGACAUGAUAUCAUAUUAUUAUCCAAACUCAUAUAUGUAUUAUAAUUACACAUUGGUCACAAAAAGUAAACUUAUUCGGUUACUGGUGAUAUUAGUGUUUUAUAAAAUAGCUCAUGUUAAAUAACAAUGGAAUGUCGACUUAGGUUUUUUAAGUAAACCCUGUAUGUGUCGGCGUAGUAAAUUUUUUAUAGCCUUUCAGUUUCUUUCGUAGACUCGGAAAUAUUAUGAAAUUUUGACCACGAGACUGUAUAAAAAAGAUGCCUUUUUUAUUUAGACCUUCCCAAAAGGUGGUGGCGAUUUUUUUUUUAUUUAUAAUCUUGCUUUAGUUUAUACCGACAUUAUAUUAAAUGGAUAAUUUAAAAAAUGUAAUAUACCGAUUUUGUGCUCAAUUUAGUAUUAAAAAUUACUUUCUCUAAUCAAAAAAGAUUUUUCUAUCUAGUAUUUAAAGAAUCAAACACGUCUCAAAAUUUGAAUAUGUUAAUACUCGAAUAUAUUUAUUAUUAUAUUUUUGUUGAAAUUGUUAUUUGCUAGCACAUUAUUUUAAGUAUUUGAUACUCCUAUGAUAUCGAGCAACGGAAAAUUCUCGAAUAUUUUCAUGAUAGUGUUCAUAAAUAGUCUUUUUCUACAUCACAAUUACAUUCCUUAAAGGGUUUUUAUAUUUUUAAUUUCUUUUCUCUCUUUCUAUUCUUUAGAAAUCUGUAUUGGUAUGGAAUGGAUUUUGAAUGAGUGUACAGUACAAACACACACCACAAACCUUAUUGACUAAAAUACCCAUGUUUAGACAAUUAGGCCAUUUUAAACUUUCCCUCAUCAAAGAUAUUACCUGGAUAUUCAAACAAAUUAAAAAUAGUUUAUAAUUAACUAAGUUCUUCUCAUUUUUCUAUCUUUAACUUAACCCUUCAUUGCAUGAUUUUUCCUAUUUCUAAAAAAAAAUACAGGUUGAUGUAAUUAAUGCUCGUGAUUAAAGGAAAAAUAUUUAAAAAAAUCCUAGUAUAAAUAAGAAUUUGAAUUAUUUAAAAAACAGUGAUGAAAAUUUACAUCAUUAUGCAUUGUUACAUAUAUAGCUUAGUACUAAAUAAGUCAAAAGAUAUUGUUUACUUAUUCUCCUUUAUUCUAAAUGAUAAUUUAAAAAACAACUAUUAUUUUUAUUCAAGCACAAAUGAACUCCACAUUGAUUACACGAAAUUGUGGAAUAGCCUUUACAUUUGGGAAAUUUACACCGAAGUGAUCUUUCUUUUUAUUUAUUGUAAUUCAUCUUCUAGUAGACUGGUACUAGGGUUUUGUUGUACGCAAUAGUCAUUUAUAAAGUUGCCAGCAACAACAAAUUUAAAGUUUACAGUUUUUGAGUACCUUUUUUUCUUCACUAAAUGUUAUGAUUGAAAUUUCCAUCAUCAUGCAAAGAAGGGUUAAAGCUCCUGGGUUUAAAACGACUAAUGUUAUUCUUUUUUUAUUUUUGUGAAGCGUUUAUUUUCGGCAUCUAUGCUUUUUGCGUUUGAAUAUUUUGGAAUAUGUUCAGCAACUGUACUAUCAUAAAAUUUUCAUGUUUCCUUUUCUCUAUGUUAAGUAUAUAACUGUCUGGAUUAGGUGAAAACGAUAAAUAGGAACACACACACUUGCCUUCAAUAGAUAUUAGAUGUUAUAUAUCUUUAUAUAAAAGAAAUAUGUUAGAUCAAUGGCCUCGUUUCUAUAUUUCUAUACUAUAGCUUUAUAUUUAAUAUAUAUCACGGUCUAAAACACUUUCACUUUGUAUUUUAUUAACAUAUAUACAAAUAGUCACGUCUAUAUCCCAUGCGGUGUAGAUAGAGUCAACUGUCUUGAAAAGAAAAUUUUAUUUAUACUAAAAUAAUUGAGAUUUUAAUUAAAAAAAGUUUUAUUAAUUUAUUUUUCCGGGAUAUCGUGUAACUAGAAGGAUUUAUCUCAAAUUAUGUAAGUGUCCUCAUCACUACUUACAGAUGAAUACAAAUUGUAUGGAAAUCCGGAUUUCCCUUUCAAUAUUACAACCCAUCUUGGGAAAGGUUCACUGACCUGCAUCAGUAUAGAUACACUCUAUUUAGAGCACUUUUUUGGUUUUGUUGGUAAAACUCGCGUGUAAUGUUUUUGUGUUUUAUUUUAAAUUUGAUGCGAUCAGAAAUCUAUUUUGCAAUCAAUAUAUUUGAUUUAGUGAAAUUAGACUGCUAGUAUCGAACGUAGCUUUUCGUAUUUUAGCAAAUUUCCAAAUUUAUUUAAUUUCCUUCUUAAUGUUAAUCAUGAAUAAUGCCAGAUUAUAAUCUAGAUUAAAGAGUCUGUGACAGUGAUAAUUCUUAGACAUUUUACCCUUGUAUAUUUACGUAAACACUAUAUACGUAGAAUUCACAAUAUUUUGGUCUUGUAUACAAUUUUAAUCUAUAUCAGUGAUGCGUAAUAUUUUGGUGUAUCAAUUUUUAAACAUGUUUCAAACGCAUUUAUUUUUUAACUUAGUAUUAGUGACUUUAUAACACAAUUGGUAAAAAUACAUACAGUACUAGACAUCGCAUUGUCGAUAAAGUGGUAUUAUAAUGUUAAUAGCACGUUGAUACGUUAGAUGGCGUUGAUAGAUAUGUGUGGCGCCACCUGCGUUGAGUUAAAUGAAAUGUGUAAUGUAAUGUAACUAACAUUGUAAAUGUCGCAAUGGGCUAGCUUAUUAAAGUCGUAAAAAUUGUAUUACAUUAAAAUCUGUCAAAUGCCAUAAAAUCUUCAAAAUCAAUAAGGCUGUAAACGAAUGUACAAAAAAAAAAUAGUGAGGCAGUCGUAACCCAUAUAAAACAUUAUGUGAGAGAGCUUGUAUCGAUAUAAUGUACGAUACGCGACCAAUCGUCCGUGGCGCACGGAUUGCAUGAAAUGAAACGUACUCAUUAGUCAAAUUUUCGCGGAAAAAGGAAUGUCGAUACAAAGACUGUGCAUUUAUGCAGAUUUGUAUGAUUGGUUGACGUCAAAAGUGAUCUGAUAAUUAUAAGGAUGUCCUUUGCAGGAAGAUAAAGUUGUAUAAAUGUACUCAAUUUGACAAAAGCGAUUUAAAUUUGUUGAAUGUGCAAUUGCCUCACUUCAGCGUGAAAGUUUAUUUUCAAAAUUAAUGAUGUUUACACGCUAUGACAGAUUUCAAAUUAGUAAGAUGUCUGAAAUCAACCAGUCUUUAAAUUUUUUCCUGUAGUUAUCUACGACUUGCUUAGAAAUGGAGUGGUCAUAAAAAGUGAGGUAAUUUGCUAUUUCAGCUUGAAACAUACACAAAAUCUUAUAAUACAAGUAAUACUUACUGUAUUAAACAUAAAACCAUUUUAUUGAGGAUGUUUACAAACCUUUGUAAUGCUUGGAAUCACAGUAAACGUUAAAUAAUGGACCUAAAUUGUGUGUACAUAGCUUUAUAAAUUGUGCUGUAUAUAAAUGA